CUUGGCCCCAGUGACACUUGAAAGCCUAUUUCUGAUCGAUGUUCCUCUUCUCGUAUCAAUAGAGCAUGGCUCAAGUUCACCUACUCGGCGUUCCCAACUUGGCUGAUGACUACGAUGUCACGAUAGCUCUCGCAGCCGUGCUUCACUGCGAGGAUUUUCGCGCGUUUGCGCGUGCGGAGGUCGAGGCCGUGGUCAAUCUCGACCUCCCAUCCGAAAAGCAGAAUCUGAACUUCCUGGUCGAGCUUAAGGAGAGCACAGCCGGCCCCACGAGAAACGAUGGGACAGGCACAUUGUCGCUGCCCAGUGAAGGUGUCCGACGCAGAUUCCUGGCAUGGAUGCGGGAUAAUCCUUUCAAGAUCCAGCACGGAAAAGAGAAGAAGAAGAUUCGCUUUAGAGAGGGGAGAUUUCUCAAAGACUUGGCGACGAGAUUGGCCAAGACACAGUUCAUUGACCCCGAAAUUGAACGCGUACGACAAGCUAAGAUUGAGGAACUCCGGGGAUCUCUGCGGGUCGAUGUAGUUCAGUUCGGAACUUAUUACCGGGAAUAUUCUCUAUCUGGACGUCCACCCCCAUCCAAUGCACCCCUCCCAUCACGCAAGUUCUCGAUCGAAUGGGAACAAAAGUAUUUUGACGAGGGGAACGAGCGAAGGCGAAUUGAAGGCACGCCGAGCGGGGUUGCUUGGAUGAAGUUUGAGUACGACCACAAGUUGAUUAGGAUAAGGUUGGGUGACGACACAACCGAGUACAUUGGCUCAAACAUCAAUAUUACAUUCGCCAGCAUCUCUAAGAUUGCGGUCGGUUUUGACCCACAGCCUUAUAUCUGCUUCGACACCAUCAUCCCGCCGAUGCUGGAAGAGAUCAAGUUCCAUCGCGCCAUAACUGGUGAUGACAAGAUAGACAAUGAGAAAUCUACCAAACGCAUUGGUGCAUUGCAGCCUCGCCAUCUCCGCGUCACGCCAUAUGCCCAGCAGCUGCGAAUCUUGCUUUACAACGACCGCAGGUACGACGUUAUCAAAGAAUUCCGAGACCUUUGUCGGAAGGUCGGUCUGCCGGACACUAUAUGCGUCGAUUUCAGCAGGGCGCCACAGCCCUUCGAAGCCUCGGGACGCCAAUUCUUCUCUGAGAAGAAACUGCGCAACAUCGAGACAUUCUGCCGCAAGAUGGAGUGGGGUGUGGCCUUCCAGAUUGAGGCACUUUUGCGGAAUGCGACACUCAACACCGAAGAGAUCGAAUUCUUGCAGCCAAAGAUUACUGCUUUGUGCAAGGAGAAAGGGGUUGCAUACACUGGUUCGCUGCUCCAAGAGUUCCACAGGAACAUGCACAUCAAGUCCCCCCGUGACAGCUUCAUAACCUGUUUCGAACAGACACGCGCUAAGUUUGUGGAGAACACCAUGGCCCUCCAGAACGGAGCUUUCAAUUGUUGUCAUGUCACUGUGACACCGACUCGGAUGAUUCUCGAAGGGCCGUAUCCGGUGCAGUCAAAUCGUAUCAUCAGAAAGUACCCUGGCUACGAGGGGAACUUUCUCCGUGUUGACUUUCGUGACGAGGACAAACUUCAAUACCGUUGGGCUCGUGAAGUUGACGGAAGACAGUUUAUACAAGAGCGAGUCGGCGGGAUUCUCAAGCACGGCUUGCGACUCGGAGGGAGAACCUUCGAGUUCCUGGCGUAUUCCACCUCGGCUCUGCGCACUCAUGCUGUUUGGUUCCUUGACCGAUUCCACGACAAAAACGGCAAGUGGGUCACAGCUGAUAGCAUCAGAAACGACAUUGGAGAUUUCGUUGGCACACCUCUGCUCAAAUGUCCCUCGAAAUAUGCAGCUCGGCUGGCGCAAGCGUUCACAGCGACCAACUCCUCGGUGUCCAUCAGACGAGAACAGUGGGAGGAAGUUUCGGAUCUGGUUGUACCCGGACACGAGAAGGAAGAGAAACCCAACUCCAAAUACAUCUACACUGAUGGGGUGGGGACUAUUUCCAGCAAACUUGCGGACGAGAUCUGGGCAGCUUUGCGGCCUGAUCCCCAAGAGAAUGCGGUGCGGCCGUCUGCGUUUCAAAUCCGAUUCCUUGGAUUCAAAGGCGUUGUUUCGGUGGAUGAGAUGCUGGACAAGAACGGCAAGGGAAUAAUGAUGCGGUUGCGCCCCUCGAUGCGCAAGUUCGAGUCUGACGUCCAGCAAGCUGCGAACGCACCCCUUGAAGUGGCGAUGGCCUUCGAAAAGCCAUCGACUGCAUACCUGAAUAGACCACUCGUGAUGGCUCUCGAGGACAAGGGUGUCAGAAAGAGCGCGUUUACGGGACUCCAAGACGACGCGGUCAAAGAGGCUCGCACAAUUCACGACUCAAUCGGACAAUGGCGUACUUUUAUGCAAAGCCACUCCUCCGGCGGUGCUUUUCGGUUGGCCUUCCUAUUACAGCAGCUGGAGGACCGAGACCUCAGCCUCGGGUCGAGUGGGAGGAGGCCAGGUAUCGACAACGAGUUCUUCAAGCAGCUCCGACAAGUGGCGAUGAACAACGCACUGAGAGAUAUCAAGCACAGUGCGCGAAUUCCCAUCCCGGAGAGCUAUUUGCUCGUUGGUGUCGCUGAUGAAGGACCGGCAUACAGUAUGGCUGGCAUGGAGAACGUAUACGAAUUGCCUCCCGGGAAGAUCUAUGCCUGUGUCCAGGCCAGCUUGGACGAAGAGCCUGUCUGGAUCAAGGGCUCCUGCACCAUAUCACGCAGUCCCGUUGCUCAUUUGGGAGAUAUUCAACGGGUCACUGCCAUAGGCAAACCGCCGGAAGGAAUGAUAUGCGCGUUUUCUGGCCUCAAGAAUGUCGUCGUUAUGUCAUCGAGAGAGAGGGUGAAUAUCAUUCGAGCCAAACGAAAGGAAGGUAGACGACUGAUGACCUUUCUCAGCGAUCUGUUUUCUGUGAUCUCGUACUCUCAACUGUUACCGACCAGCACAGAUGACGCUGCAUCUUAUGCAGAUGGAUCGACCCUGACCCUCGAUCGCGACAGCACAGUGGAUGAUAUCUGCGACUUCGUUGUCGAAUACAUCAACUCGGACGUCUUGGGUUUACUCUCGGACCGACUUCUCAUCUUGGCCGACCAAUCGAAGGACGGAAUGUUCGACGAAGACUGCCAGAGGCUCGCCGAACUGUGUUCUCAAGCCGUGGACUAUCCUAAACAAGGGAUCCCCACUGGUUUGUGCACUGAUAUAAACUCUGAGAAUUGGCUGAUAAUUGACGUGAGGCAUGCCGCCGAGAUAGUCUCUCCGCGCGAAAACGACUACUAUCGGUCGGAGAAAGCUCUCGGAGAGCUGUACCGGGCCAUUACGCUGAAUGAUCCAGAUCCUCUGAACUCUGACAAGAGCCAGAGCAGCUCUAAUGGAGUCAACCAAUUCGCGGUCGAUCCCAUCACCUACGUUCUGGAACCGGAGGUGCAGCAGGCGUUGGGUCCUGAUUACGCAGUUCCAGAUGGCGGUUGUGCGGAAACUGCACUGAUGUUCAAAAAAUAUGAGGACGAGCUGGAGUACAUCUCGACGACACACACGGUGAGCAUCAAGCCUGGUGUGAGGCUGCUCGAAUCAGAGAUCGUCGUCGGCACCAUUCUUGCCAAGUGCACGCAAAAGCGCUGGCGGAGUGACUGCAUCUACCGGAUGCAGUUCCAUGCGAAUGUGCUCGUGCAGGACCUGAAGAGACAGCUGAUGAAGAAGAACGGGGCUGCCUUCGUUGCUUUCACGAAGGAAGAUCGGUUGCUGGGGCUCAAGCGGGCUUGGGUCGCUUGGGAUUACAGCCGGAGACAUCAUGAUAAAUUUGCAGCCAAGAGCUUUGGUCUUGUUGCACUCGCUAUCAUCUUCGAGUGCUUGGAAGGCCUGGCACAAGAAUAG